CUUCUAACAAAAAAUUCAUUUCAUUCCAUUCCAUUCUCUCUCUUCUCAAUUCUCAUUUCACGUAAAAUCACCCCCAAAAUUCCACUCAUCAUGAUCAAAUAAUUUUAGAUCUGUGAAUGCAUUACAUUUGCAUUCACUGAUCCGUUCUUCAUCAUGUCAGCUUCUCAAACCCUAGGUGGACUUUCUCGCUGCGGUCGCGCUCUCGGUCCAUAUCUCGACAAAAUCAUCAAGAACGCUGCCUGGCGGAAACAUUCUCAUCUCGUUUCUUCUUGUAAAUCGGCUCUCGAUAAGCUCGAUUCCAUAUCGGAUGAUCCCUCUCAUGUCUCUCCGCUCUUCGGCGUCUCUCAGACCGACGCCGAAUUCGUUAUUAAGCCUCUGUUUCUCGCCUUGGAAUCGGCUUACCCGAAAGUUGUUGAGCCGGCUCUUGAAUGCGCCUUCAAAUUGUUUUCCGUUGGAUUAGUUCGCGGUCAGGUUGAGGUGGAGUCUCAUAAUUCUGGUAAUUCUAGUUCUGUUGUCUUUAAAUUGAUUGAUAGUGUUUGUAAGGUGUGUGGAAUUGGAGAAGAAUCGAUUGAAUUAGCUGUGCUUAGAGUUUUGCUGUCUGCGCUUCGAUCUCCUUGCUUGUUGAUUAGGGGAGAUUGCUUGUUGCUUGUUGUUAGGACUUGUUACAAUGUGUACCUCGGUGGAUUGACUGGAACCAACCAGAUCUGUGCCAAGUCGGUUCUUGCGCAGAUUAUUUUGAUUGUUUUUGCUAGAGUGGAGGAGGAUUCCUUGGAUAUACCAAAUAUUAAGACCAUAUCUGUGAGUGAAUUAUUGGAGAUUGCGGAUAAGAAUUUGAAAGAAGGGAGUUCUAUUCAUUUUUGUCAGAAUUUUAUAAAUGAGGUUAUGGGAGCCACUGAAGGGGUUCCGGAUGUUAAGUUCUCACAGAAAAAUGUAGCAACGGAUUUGCCGAAUGGUGAUUCUGAGGUGUCGAAAACUGAUGAGAAAGUUGAAGUGGAUGAAGGACAAGGAAAAGGUGGAGAGGCGUCCGGUGUUGACAGUAAGAUUAGGGAGGAUGGUUUUGUUUUGUUCAAGAAUAUUUGUAAGUUAUCCAUGAAGUAUUCUUCACAGGAGAACCCAGAUGAUCAAAUCCUUUUGAGGGGGAAGAUUUUGUCUCUGGAGCUGCUCAAGGUGAUCAUGGAUAAUGCGGGUCCAAUAUGGCGCUCGAAUGACAGGUUUCUCAGUGCUAUCAAGCAGUUUCUCUGUCUAUCAUUGUUAAAGAACAGUGCAUUAUCAGUUAUGGCUAUUUUCCAACUUCAGUGUUGUAUUUUUACGAGCUUGUUAUCGAAAUAUAGAUCAGGGCUGAAAGCAGAAAUUGGUAUAUUCUUUCCCAUGCUCAUCCUCCGGGUGCUUGAAAAUGUUCUUCAGCCAAGUUUUUUACAGAAGAUGACCGUCCUUAACUUAUUGGAGAAGAUUUCGCACGAUUCACAGAUUGUCAUUGAUAUAUUUGUGAACUAUGACUGUGAUGUGGAUUCUCCAAACAUAUUUGAAAGGAUUGUCAACGGCCUUCUGAAAACUGCUCUAGGACCAACUCCUGGUUCAACUACAACUUUGUCUCCAGCCCAGGAUAUUACCUUUCGGUAUGAAUCAGUGAAAUGUUUAGUUAGUAUCAUUAAGUCAAUGGGAUCUUGGAUGGACCACCAGCUGAGAAUAGGAGAUUCCUAUUUGCCUAAGAGCUUUGAGAGUGAUACAUCAACAGAGAAUACUUUGAUUGCAAGCGGAGAAGAUGGAGCUGUCUCUGACUAAGAGUUUCAUCCUGAAGUAAAUUCUGAAGUGUCAGAUGCUGCUACGCUUGAGCAACGAAGGGCUUAUAAAAUUGAACUACAGAAAGGUGUAUCACUGUUUAAUAGGAAACCAUCCAAGGGUAUUGAGUUUCUAAUAAACACCAAAAAGAUUGGUGGUUCUCCAGAAGAAGUGGCCACUUUUCUUAAAAAACCCACUGGCCUUAAUGAAGGCAUGAUUGGUGAUUAUUUGGGUGAAAGGGAGGAAUUUUCUUUGAGAGUUAUGCAUGCAUAUGUGGACUCAUUUAAUUUCAAAGGGAUGGAUUUUGGCGAAGCAAUAAGAUUUUUCCUGAGAGGCUUUAGGUUACCUGGAGAGGCACAGAAAAUUGACCGCAUCAUGGAGAAAUUUGCUGAGCGCUACUGUAAAUGCAAUCCAAAUUCAUUUACUAGUGCAGAUACUGCUUAUGUUCUUGCUUAUUCUGUGAUAAUGCUCAACACAGAUGCCCAUAAUAGCAUGGUGAAAGAUAAGAUGACAAAGGCAGAUUUUAUAAGGAACAACCGAGGAAUAGAUGGUGGCAAGGAUUUACCUGAAGAGUAUCUAGGUGCCCUUUAUGAUCAAAUUGUGAAAAAUGAAAUUAAAAUGAAUGCUAUCUCUUCUGCUCCACGGAGCAAGCAAGCGAACAGCUUGAAUAGAUUUUUGGGGUUGGAUGGUAUACUCAAUCUAGUAACUGGGAAACAGGCUGAAGAAAAACCAUUGGGUGCAAAUGGCCUUCUCAUAAAGCACAUUCAAGAGCAGUUCAAGGCAAAGUCAGGAAAAUCAGAGUCUAUAUAUCAUGCUGUUACAGAUGCUGGAAUAUUGAGGUUUAUGGUGGAGGUCUGCUGGGGUCCUAUGCUGGCUGCAUUCAGUGUGACUCUUGACCAGAGUGAUGACAAACUUGCUACUUCACAGUGCUUACAGGGUUUUCGACAUGCUGUGCAUGUCACUGCAGUAAUGGGUAUGCAGACCCAGAGAGAUGCUUUUGUUACAUCUAUGGCCAAGUUUACUUAUCUCCACUGUGCUGCAGAUAUGAAGCAAAAGAAUGUCGACACUGUAAAGGCAAUAAUAGCAAUUGCCAUUGAAGAUGGUAAUCAUCUUCAGGAAGCCUGGGAACAUAUAUUGACAUGCCUCUCUAGAAUUGAGCAUCUUCAACUGCUAGGAGAGGGCGCACCAACUGAUGCAUCCUUUUUCUCUGGUUCUAAUGUUGAAAUAGAUGAUAGAACACAAAAAUCUAUGGGUUUUCCAUCUCUGAAGAAAAAAGGAUCUCUCCAGAAUCCAUCUGUGAUGGCUGUUGUCCGAGGGGGUUCAUAUGACAGUACUACUGUUGGAGUCAAUACCCCAGGACUGGUAACUUCAGAACAGAUUAAUCACUUUCUCUCAAAUCUGAAUUUGCUGGACCAGAUUGGGAAUUUCGAGUUGAACCAUGUUUUUGCUCAUAGCCAAAGGUUGAAUAGUGAAGCGAUAGUAGCUUUUGUAAAAGCACUGUGCAAAGUUUCUAUUUCAGAGUUACAAUCUCCAACAGAUCCUCGUGUAUUCAGCCUCACAAAAUUAGUUGAAAUUGCGCAUUACAAUAUGAACCGCAUCAGAUUAGUUUGGUCCCGUAUGUGGAAUGUUCUCUCAGAUUUCUUUGUGUCAGUUGGUUUGUCAGAAAAUCUCUCUGUGGCAAUCUUUGUCAUGGAUUCACUGCGGCAGCUCGCCAUGAAAUUCCUAGAGCGUGAGGAAUUGGCAAAUUACAACUUCCAGAAUGAAUUUCUGAGACCAUUUGUGAUUAUUAUGCAGAAAAGUGGUUCUACUGAAAUUAAGGAAUUAAUUGUUCGGUGCAUUUCCCAGAUGGUCCUCAGCCGUGUUAGUAAUGUGAAAUCUGGCUGGAAAAGUGUUUUUAUGAUAUUUACGGCUGCUGCAGCUGAUGAGAGGAAGAAUAUCGUCUUGUUGGCCUUUGAGACAAUGGAGAAGAUAGUGCGGGAAUAUUUUUCUCAUAUAACUGAGACGGAGACUAGAACUUUUACUGAUUGUGUUAAAUGCCUCCUGACCUUCACAAAUAGCAGAUUUAACAGUGAUGUUAGCCUAAAUGCUAUUGCCUUUCUCCGGUUCUGUGCCGUGAAACUUGCAGAUGGCGGUCUUGUCUCCAAUGAGAGGAGUGGUUUUGAUGGUUUAUCCAGUUCUGAAGCAAAUGAGGGUGCUUCAGAGGUUCAGAGUUUGACCAAUAAAGAUGAUCAUGCAUCUUUUUGGAUUCCUUUGCUCACAGGUUUGGCCAAACUAACAUCUGAUCCCAGAUCAACCAUCAGAAAGAGUUCUUUGGAAGUGCUUUUUAAUAUUCUAAAGGACCACGGUCAUCUUUUCCCUCGGCCAUUUUUUAUUGGUGUUCUUUCUUCUGUUAUUUUUCCGAUAUUUAAUGUUGCAAGUGACAAGGGAGACAUUCUUGUAAAAGAUGACCAGGACUCACCAGCUUCACAAUCUACACAACCUGAAGGCAAUACAUGGGAUUCUGAAACUGCUGCUGUUGCAUCACAGUGUCUGGUUGAUCUAUUUAUCUGUUUCUUUGACGUGGUGAGGUCUCAACUACCACAUGUGGUAUCGAUUUUGACAGGAUUUAUUAGAAGUCCUAUUCAGGGUCCUGCAAGCACUGGAGUUGCUUCAUUGUUGCAUUUGGCUCGUGAACUGAGAAGCAAACUUUCGGAAGAUGAAUGGAGGAAGAUUUUUGUGGCUUUGAAGGAGGCUGCAGCAAUAACAUUGCCAAGUUUCAUGAAGGUCUUAAGAACCAUGGAUGACAUUGAGAUUCCAGACGGUUCUCAAAGUGAUGCCGACGUUGAAAUGAAUUCUGAACAUGGGUCGAUCAAUGAUGAUAUUGAGGAUGAUAAACUACAGACUGCAGCAUAUGUGGUCUCAAAAAUGAAGUCUCAUAUCUCCGUGCAGCUACUCGUUUUACAGGUCGCAAGUGAGUUGUCCAAGAUUUGCAUACAAUCCUUGUCAGCAGCCAACAUCAAGAUCCUUCUCAACAUGUUUUCCUCUGUUGCCUCGCAUGCCCAUCAAUUGAACUCAGAGACGAUCCUGCAGAAGAAACUGCAGAAAGUGUGCUCUGUAUUGGAACUGUCCGACCCUCCGGUGGUUCAUUUUGAGAACGAGUCAUACCAAAAUUACCUCAACUUCCUCCAAGGUUUGCUUAGAAACAAUCCAUUUGUGAGUGAGAUGAACAUAGAAUCGCAUCUUGUAGAAGUUUGUGAAAAAAUACUGCAGAUAUACUUAAACUGCACAGUGUCUCAGCCGAAACCAGGUAAACAGCCACGGGUGAUACAUUGGAUUCUUCCAUUGGGUUCGGCAAAAAAGGAAGAAUUGGCAGCUAGGACGUCGUUGGUGGUGUCAGCAUUGCAAAUGUUGAGUGGUUUGGAAAGGGAUUCGUUUAGGAAGUAUGUCUCAAAUUUCUUCCCAUUGUUGGUAGAUCUUGUGCGGAGUGAGCAUAGCUCAAGAGAAGUUCAACAUGUUCUUGGCAACAUGUUCAAAUCUUGUAUAGGCCCAAUAAUAAUGCAUUGAAUUUAUUCAUAUUACACACACGUGUAUCAUCAUCAACAAGAAGUCAAUUCACAGUUUUGAUCUUUUUUCUAAUUAGUUAUAUUAAAGAGCCAAUAAAUCAUCCUUUUUUUUU